UCAAAUUGGUCCCUUCCCGGGUUCCGUAGCUUCGCUGUGAUUGGUCGGAGGGAAAAUAUGGCGCUGUCCGCCUAAUAGCAAAGACAACAUGAUCGAAACCUGAAUCGAUGUUCCACAGGAUUUAGAAUAGCCAUGGAAAGCUAUCUGAGUUAGCUUAGCGGGCUAACAAGCCUGUAAGCAUCACAUCUGAUGAUAACAUUGGAGCAGAAGGUUUGCUCUGUCAACUCUUAACGUACAAACAUGCCUGCCUUUCGACAAGUUGGAGAGAAGCAGCUCCCUAACCCGAUACUGUGUAUGUCAUGGUCCCCCAAACGGGAUCUCAUUGCUCUGGCAAACACAACUGGAGAGUUGUUGCUCCAUCGUCUGGCUAGUUUCCAGCGUGUUUGGAGCUUACCUCCCAUCGAGUGUACAGGGAAGGAGAUCUCCGCCAUCGCCUGGAGACCUGAUGGAAAAAUAUUGGCCUUCAGCCUCAGAGACACCAAGCAGGUGGUUCUGUGUGGUGUCGAGAAAGCUGAGAUCCUCCACGUGUUUCCGAUGCAGAACCCUGUGACCUGCAUGCACUGGAUGGAGGUGACAGAGGAGAGCAGUGCCCUCGACUCCUUCUACAACUCAGAAGAUGAAUCCAAGCUCUUUCUUCCCAAACUACCGACACUCCCAAAGAGCUACAGCACAACUUCAAAGAUCUUCAGUGAGGAAAAGUCUGAUGAGAUCAUGAAUCUGCUGGGAGAAGUCAGGCUGAACAUUCUCGUUCUUGGAGGAGAUGCCGGCUUUGUGGAGCUUUACGCCUACGGGAUGUACAAGAUCGCCACUCUAACAGGGGUAUCAGGAACCUGUCGCAGCCUGAGUCUGUCCAGUGACCUCAAGUCUCUGUCAGUCAUCACAGAAGUCCGGUCAGCUGACAACAACCCAGAAAUCUGCUACGUUCAGCUGGACACAGGCUUGUUGUCAGACUGUUUGCCUGAGGUCACCAGGAUGGCACGCAAGUUCACCCACAUCUCUACGCUGCUGCAAUACCUGCACCUCUCCCUCACUUGUAUGUGCGAAGCCUGGGAGGACAUCCUCAUGCAGAUGGAUCUUCGCCUCACUAAGUUUGUUCAGGAGAAGAACACGAGCACUCAAGUCCAAGAUGAGUUUUUGGAGCUUCUGCUGUGGGGACAAUCAAGCCCUGAACUGCAGGCUCUUCUCAUGAACCAGCUGACUGUCAAGGGCCUGAAGAAGCUCGGUCAGUCCAUUGAGUCCUCAUAUUCCAGCAUCCAGAAGCUGGUGAUCAGCCACCUACAGAGUGGCUCUGAGGCUCUGCUGUAUCACCUCAGUGAGGUUAAAGGCAUGUCUCUGUGGAAGCAGAAGUUUGAGCCCCUCGGCCUGGAUUCAGAAGCCAUCGAAGGUGCUAUCACAGCUGUGGGUUCCUUCUCUCUGAAAGCCAACGAACUCCUGCAGGUGAUCGACAAGAGUAUGAAAAACUUUAAAGCCUUUUUCCGGUGGUUGUAUGUAGCUAUGCUACGGAUGUGUGAGGAGCACGUACCACCAGAGCUCAACAAAAUGACUCAGAAGGACAUCGCGUUUGUUGCUGACUUCCUGUCCGAGCAUUUCAGCGAGAACGAAGAACUCUUCGACCGCAAAGGGAAGUACUUCAACGUGGAGCGAGUUGGUCAGUACCUGAAGGACGAGGAUGAUGACCUCGUGUCUCCGCCCAACACGAAGGGAAACCAGUGGCUGAAGUUUUUACAGGAGAGCGCACACCUGAAGGAGAGCCCCUUGCUGUUCCCUUCAUAUCCCCAAAAGUCUCUGCACUUUGUGAAGAGGACGAUGGAGAGCGUGAUCGAGCAGUGUCUACAGAAACCUGCCGAAGUGAUAGGGAAGUCUGUAAAACAGGCAGUCUUUCUGCCCCUCUACACCGUCCCUGAGAGCUCUGAAAACACUCCCCGACUUUUUGAGCUUCCAUCUUUAUGGAAUGACAAGAAGGCCAAAAUGCACCACAUCUUGUUCUGCAUGCCGGAGAUUUCCCCCUCCAAGCUCUACUUGCUGCGCAAACCGACAGACCCAAACAGACAUAUCCCCAACAGCGUCAUGUCCAUCGACCUCAGCCACCAUCUUGAUGAUGCUGCUGCAGCUCAGCCUAAUUGUGUGUACAGCUGCCUGGAUGCUCGUUUCUACGAUGAUGAGAUGCUCACCGUGGUCCUCCAAGGAUCAGACGAACAGAGCAAGAGGCGUGUUCUGGCUCAGGUUCCUCUUGCUUCCACACUGAGCUGCGAGAGUGAAUUCAAGUGGGAGCCGAACAAGAGGUUGGACCAGCAGAGCGGUAACAUCCCAUACCAGAGCCUGGUGUUGGGGAAUCAGUGGCGUGAACUGGAGAGCAUGAAGGCUCAGUUUGUGGCGGUCAAUGGAAUCCGCAAAGUGGCCUGCGUGUUGAGCGCCAAUCUUCGACACAUCCGUGUUUUUGAGAUGGAUGUAGAAGAUGAAGACGACGAGGGAGCCGAGUCGCAGAACACAAGUGCUGACCAAGACGUGCUGGACUCCACUAUGAGCAGCACGGGGCAGGGAGGAGAGGAGCGGGCUGUGGCCGACGAUGACGCUGCAGGGCAGAGAGGAGACGUGCUUAAGAACACUGAGGAGCGUCUCGAGUCGGAGGAAGCACUUGAACUGGGUUAAGACUGAUAUGCUACAUAAAUAUGGGGCUAAGCUUCAUCUUAAGCUUGUUGCAAAAUAUUUUUUUUACUAUGUUUUAGGUGUCAUGUUUCUGUAUGAAAAUAAAGUGGUUUGUAUUGA